UGAGCGGGGCCGGGCUGUGCCGGGCUGUGCCGGGCCGGGUGUGUGCCAGGUUGUGCCAGGCUGUGCCGGGCCAGGCCGGAGCGCCGCGGCCAUGGCGGAGCGCAUCGAGCAGCGGCUGGAGGACCGCGUGCCGGAGCUGGAGCAGCUGGAGCGGGUCGGGCUGUUCUCCCGCACGGAGAUCCGGGCCGUCCUGAGGAAAGCCUCGGCUCUGGAGUACAAAAUACAGCGGAGAGCGCUGCGGAAGGAGGAUUUCAUUAACUACAUCCAGUAUGAAAUUAAUCUGCUGGAACUGAUCAAGAAAAGAAGAGCACGCAUUGGAUACUCGUUCAAGAAGGAGGAAAUCGAGCAUUCCAUUCUGCACCGAGUCCACAGCCUGUUCAACAGAGCUACAGGAAAAUGGAAAGAUGAUGUCCAGCUCUGGCUUUCACAUGUUGCAUUUUGCAAGCAGUGGAAUGCCAAACAUCAACUCAGUAAGGUGUUUUCUACCAUGCUGGCCAUUCAUUCCAAUAAACCAGCACUGUGGAUUAUGGCAGCAAAGUGGGAAAUGGAGACACGACUGUCAUCAGAAAGUGCCAGGCACUUGUUCCUGCGUGCUCUGCGCUUCCAUCCAGAGUGCCCAAAACUUUAUCAAGAGUAUUUCAGGAUGGAGCUGAUGAACGCUGAGAAACAGAGGAAGGAGAAGAAAGAAUUUGAAAAAGCCAAGAUGGACUUGGGGGAAUUCAAUUACUCUGAAGAGAUUCUCAAUGGGGAAAUGGCUCGAAUAGUCUACAGGGAUGCAACUCAGAAAAUUAAAGGUGUUGAGUUCCAGCUGGCUGUGCUCUCCAUUGCAAAGCUCUUUGAUUUUACCCAAGAUUUGCAAAAAGAAAUCCUUGAAAAUUUGCAGGCCAGUUAUGCUGAUGAUCCCCUGACCUGGGACCACAUGGCCCGCCGGGAGCUGGAUUUGGGGUCCCUGCAGCCCCCAGAACGUGCCCCAAAGCAGAGGAAGGUGGCAGAAGUGGCCCGGAGGGAGGAGCGGUGCUGUGCAGUCUUUGACGAGGCUGUGGCAGCAGUGCCAACAGAGGACAUGUGGAAAUGCUACAUCACGUUUUGCUUAGAGAGAUACAACAGGAAAACCAACAGUGAAGAAUUAAAGCAAAAGAGGCUGGAGAGGACACUGAGUGUGUUCAACAAAGCCCAUGAGUGUAAUUUGCUGCCAGAAGCUCUCUAUAAGCAGUGGCUGCAGCUGUUGCUGGAGUCCAGCCUCUCUGAGAAGGCUGUGGAGGUGGCAGAAGCUGCGACCAGGCGCUUCAGCGUGUCCGUGGACAUGUGGCAGAUGAGGCUGCAGGUGCUGAUCCAGCUGAAGAGGGAAGAUGUGACCCAGUGUUUUGAAGAAGCCAUUAAACAUGUGAAAUCCAAGGGCACUUUGGCAUUGUGGACCCUCUGGGUGGAAUGGAGCGAAGGCACGAACAGCAAGGAGGACACAGAAGCUCUGUACCAGAGGUCCUUACGUGCCACAACUCCUGCUGAAUCUGUGACUAUGAAAGAAAUGUAUCUCGACUGGACUUACAGAAGUGGUGGUUAUAAGAAGGUUAAAAAAGUCUUUACCAGCCUGUGUGAAAAUCGUCCCUUUUCGCUUGACUUCUUCAGGAAGAUGAUCCAAAUAGAAAAGGAGCAAGAAUCCUGCAAAAUGCUUCAUCUGAGAGAAUACUAUGAACGUGCCUUGAGGGAGUUUGGUUCGACAGAUACUGAUCUGUGGCUGGAUUAUAUCAAGGAGGAGCUCAGUCAUCCCCAAGGCAAACCAGAAAACUGUGGGAGCAUUCACUGGCGAGCUAUGAAGAUGCUGCAGGGAGACCUGGUGGAAGAUUUUGUUUCCAAAUACACUUUAUUGCAAACUGGACAUUUAUGAAAAACCAUACGUAGUUGUAAUGUGACAGUGCAUUUUUUUAACUUCUUUGUACAGAGGUAAAUAUGUUCCUGGAUCUUAUUAAAAUUUACCUUCUUUACAUUCUGUGUGACAAAAAAA